CAGGAGUCGUGCGGGAUGCGGGCCUGCCGCAGGUGAGUCGCAUCGGGCAGGUGGCAGACGUGCUUUUCGGGCUUUGCUGCAGAGCGCGCCGCAGCCCGGAGGCCUCGAAGGGUCCCUCGCGGACAUGCAAGUCUGGGGGCCGCCUCGCUCCGCAUUUGGGUGUGCAAGGGCCCCGGCGGUGUGGGGGGUGCCGCUGGAGCCCCUCAAAAGCACUGCGGGCGACACCAGUGCGCCGGGGCGGGCUGCCCUGCGGGCGGGGAGCCGUGGGGCGCGGGGGCACCCUGCCGCCCUGCGCUCUCCCCCUCGCACCCCCGCCCGGGGCCCGCUGCCCGCCGCUCCCCCGCUCCCCCGCCCGCGCGCUGCUCCAGGGCGGAGUUUCCUCCUCUGCUCAUUGUUCGCGGCCCAGCGCCCGCCCACCCCGCCGCCGGCGCACUCUUGGAGGAGGAGGCCGGCGCGGACGGGACGGGAGUCGCGGGAGCCGACGGCCGGGCCGCAGCGCGCAGACACCGCCCGCGACACAGCCGCUCGCGGCUCCUCUGCCGCCUCGCUCCCCGCCUCGGCCCGCCUCUGCCGCAGCGGCCGCCAGGAGGGACCGCCGGAGCGCGACUCUUAGAGCCCCAGGUCACCGCCCGGCCGCCGCAGCCACCGCCAGGCCUCCCUCCGCGGCGCCCACGCGCCCGCCACCCGGACGCCCGGACCCUCCGCCAGCCCGCAGCCACCUGCUCCGGGCCCAAAGCCAGGGCACGAUGCUCUCCGCGCUGGCGCUCUUGCUGCUGCUGCUGCAGCCGUCGUCGCUCUCUGUGCAGGCAGGCCGGUCCACUACUAAAACAACUAACACAGCAACUACAGUCUCAGACAAGUCAAACUCAACUUCAACAUCCAGCAGUAAAGGGGAGGUUUCAAUCACAGUCAAACAAAGCACAGCUCCAGCAUCCACUGCCAUAACGGUGACUACAGCCACAGGCAAACAAAGCACAACUACAGCAUCCACUGCCAUAACGGUGACUACAGCCACAGGCAAACAAAGCACAGCUGCAACAUCCACUCAUACAAAGGUGUCUGUAGCUGGGGUCAGUGGAAGCACAUCGACAGCAUCCAGCAGCCCCACGGUGACUCCCCCCCAAGCCCAGCAGAGCACAACUGCAGCAGCCAGUGGCACAGAAAGGAUACCAGCCACAGACAGCUCGACUACAACUACUCAUGGCCAGAAGGAUGACAAGACCACACUUGGACCAACCACUACCCCAGAAAAGCCGAAAACUACAAGCAGACAGGAUGAAACUGAAGAUAAAACUGGAGCUGGAACCCAAAGCAACCGCAGAAGUGCCACAGACAACCCGACCACCAAGGGAGGAAGUCAGACGAUGACUCCAUCUCCCAAUCAGGUUACCACCUCACACACCACUCCUGCCCUUCCUGCCUCUACCGCCCCAACAAGCACUCACCAACCAACUACGGGCUCUGUUGCUUCAAAGCUCCCAGGGAACUCUUCCGAGGGACCAGACAAAACUACUGUAGCUUCAAAUAGCGCAGGCACGAUGGAAAGUCCCUCUUCCACAUUUCAGGGGCUAACGACCACACAAACACCAUUAUCAGAUCAGCAGACCUCCAGCAAGAUGCCAGCCACCACUGGGACCGAGUCUCCCCCCAUCACUGGGACCUCUGCACCUGGGGCUCUGCAGCCUGCACACCCUUCACCGGGAUCCGUGGCCACGUCUCCUGUCACGGGACGCACAAGCUCCAGCAGUCAGAUGGAUUCAACGGCCUCCCAAGGCUCCCCAAGCCAUUCUUGGAACUCUUGGAAUAACACGGUAACCUGUGAACCUCCCCAAAAGCUGAAUAACACGAUGCUCAUCCUGAACUUGACGAAAACCAACUUGUGUGAGCAGAGCUCUCCGGAUGACAAACUCAUCACAAUUCUGUGUCAAGCAGCAAAAGCCACCUACAACUCAGCUCGAGAUCAGUGCCAUGUACAGCUCAUACCAAUUCAAGAAAUGCAGGCAGUGGCAAUCAAGGAAAUCACUAUACAGACAAUCCUCCCUCCCAGCGACGUGUAUGAACUUCUGAAGGGCAAAUGGGAUGACCUAAAAGAGGCGGGAGUCAGUGGCAUGAAGCUUGGGAAUCAAGGACCACCAGAAGAGACUGAGGACCGGUUCAGCAUGCCCCUGAUCAUCACUAUUGUCUGCAUGGCAUCUUUCCUGCUCCUCGUCGCGGCCCUCUAUGGUUGUUGCCACCAGCGUCUUGCCCAGAGGAAGGACCAGCAACGACUAACAGAGGAGCUACAGACAGUGGAGAAUGGUUACCAUGACAAUCCAACACUGGAAGUGAUGGAGACCUCAUCAGAGAUGCAGGAGAAAAAGGUGGUCAACCUUAAUGGGGAGCUGGGGGACAGCUGGAUCGUCCCUCUGGACAACCUGACCAAGGAUGACCUAGAUGAGGAGGAAGACACACACCUCUAAUCAGGUCUGCUGGCAGCCUCCAACAGUGCCACAGAGCUCUGGACUGAACCACCUCAAGUGCCAUUUGGACAGGGGAGGAAUAUCCUUCCCAGCUGAGGGAAAGACUGGGGAGCGAGAGCAGACUCAGAAGGUUCCCUUCUCCCAAUUCCCACCGGGCCUUAAUUUUUCCCUUUUCAAGCUGAACCAAUCACAUUCUGUCUAGAUUCCCCCCGAAAAAUAACCCACUAGUGCCUGAGCUCAGUGCUGCUGGAAGAUGAGAGGAAGGGACAUCAAGAAAGAGCCAUAUAAGGGACUUACGUGAUCAUCUAGUAGAAUCCCUUCAUUUCACAGAUGAGAUGACCGAGGCCUAAAGAGCGUAAGGUCAAGGUCACACAGCCAUUUGGUGACAGAGUCAGGAUGAAAGCAGACUACUUCAUUCAGGCCAGUGCUCAUUUCCACCCUGCCACACUGCUGGGAUCACCUGUGCCUCCCGCCAGGGCUGCCCUGGGCUGGGGGUGGAGUCAACGGAUGGGAUGGAAGGAAGAGCAGGGCCAGAUCCUAUCUCAGCGAGAUCUGAUCACUUGAAAGUACAGGUCCUAAGUUUUCUAUCUCCUACCACAGCCUCGCCUGCCAGUGUUCCUGCCCCACUUUGUUUUUCCUCCUUUCCUUCACUCAAUUUUUAUUCCCGCCCUGUCCCAGGGCCCCUGGAACUAACACAGGUUAUUCAUGACCUUGAACCUCUUGUUCUGGAUUCUGAUUUCCUUGGAUUUACUUCGUGAGACUGGGACUUUAACCCACACAAGACUUCUAGUGUGAAACAGGUCUGCUUAAGCGAUCCAUCUCCAAGUGAAGAGAGAAGGGGAGGCCUUUCCUUCCAGGACAGGUCCUGGCCCAUCACCCAAGGUGCUCCUUGAAGAGGUUCCCCAAGAGCUCCUUUGGCCUCCUCUUCCCACCGGGGCCUAAAAUCUGCAGCAGCUACUGAAGGCCAAGUGUUCCUAUUUUGUCGUUCACUGCUGAGCCGAUGGGGGUGAAGACUCUAGCUGGGGAAUGGCCCCUGAGCUCCAGCAUGAAAGAGCAGCUUUAGGACAGACCUCCCCCAGACCCCAGUCAGCAGAGAGGUAUCUUAAUAGACAAUCAAUUGAAACAGACAAGAAGGAUAGGCUUUACUCUCAAUUUCAUAGGAAACUCAGGGACUUCUCAAGUUGCUGAGAGUUUUGUUAUAUUUGUUUUCUAAUCCAGCCCUCUACGGCCAAAGGCCAAAGCUCAAAUUGGUGGGAGACUUUCAGUUAGCUGAUCGCAUGGAUUCUGAUUCUCCUGGGCCAGAGUGUAAGAAAGGCUAGAACGUGCGAUGCAUUUUAAGGGGCAUAAGGGGCAGCCCAGGGACUGGCUGUUCCUAGUAACCUUCCACUGUUCUGGCCUGUCCUCUUUUCUGUAUUCCUAGUGGGGCUGCCUGGUUCUCCUGCAGUUUCUGGUGGCAUCUCAGGGAAACAAUACUGUAGAGGGGUCUUGAGGGAGCUCAGCAGUUAGCUGCUAAGUAGAAGGCACCUGAGCACUGGGCCUCUGAUUUUCUGGGAAGAGGGAGUCCUGUGUGGAAUUCUGAACUUGGCCCACGGUCUCCAUUGCUUCUGGGCAUAAAUUUCCUGGAACCAACUAGGAAGAUGGGCAGAACUGCUUCGGAGAAUGAACAUUGUCAUUUCAGGGCAAAAAGCCAGAACCCCAGAACCGAGAGGCCCAGGCUGUGAUGAUUCUGAUGAAAUAAGCUAUCUGCUCUGGAAUAGCUUGGUUUUAAAAGGGGAGGAGUUUAGGGGGAAGAUCUAUGUCCUUCCCUGGCUGCCUGAUGCCUUCUUCAUAGCCUUUGAACUUUGAUAUCCUAGGGUAAAAGGAAGGCCAGGGGUUCAAGUAGGGCCCCCAGUGAGUUUCCCGUUAGAUGCUAGGCUAACAAGGAUCCAAACGUAUGUGCUCUGAUUCUCUAGCAUUUGGAGGUUGACAGUAUAGAGAACAAUGCCAGUUUGGGGGGGAAAUAGAGGAAAUCUUGUUACGGCGGGAGAUGUUUGCCUCCUUCCUGCCCAGCAUUUGUUUCUACCCAGUGAGUUUCUAUCAUGACCUCUGUGGGAGAGGCCAGACUGGAUAACUCACUCCUUUGCGGAUUCUGGGUCACAUCUCGUUCACCAGCCGGGCCUUUAGACAGAGACUGCAAAUAUGCUUCUGCAAAUGGAUCAAAGGCUGCACCCCUAAGGCCUGUUGGGGAGAGAGAUGAUGACUGGCAAGGACUAGAGGGUAAAAAUUCUGCUUGGUCAGAAGGAAUGACUGUGGCUCUGUCCAAGGAGAACCUUGAGAAGCUUUGGGCCAGUUCAGAGGUUCGUUCUUCUGGUGCAUCCAAACUGUGUUACUCUAGCCUUGUAGGGCAACUUCAGAAUCACGUACCUUGCCUUGGCUUGUUCCUGACACUAGACAUCUAUGUCAAAGGCCAUACAGCUAUGCUUUGGGAAAGGUCAUGUUCUUCCCACAUCUUUACUGGGUUCUAAAUGCUAUCUGGUAAUAAAGAUUCUGGGGCUGCGAGGAGAGAAGAGGGACACCAGGAACUCAGCAUGACUUUAAAAAAGUCGUGCCAAAGAGAGAUUAUAAACUCUUUAAUUCAAGGGCACACUGGUUUCCCUAAGCUGCAUACAAGGCCAGAAACCAUGAUUCUGAUGACUGGACAAAAUCCAGCGGGAAGCAUGCGGUCAUGUGAGUAGGGAGAGAAGCAGCAGUGCUUAUGAAGGAGGUACAGAAUAUUCUCUGCAUCGUAAGACAGGAUACGGGGUUAAUCUAGUCUAGACACAAGAUUCUUUUUUCCCCUCUUGAUAAGGAAAGCUAGCAGAAAGUUUAUUUAAACCACUUCUUGAGCUUUAUCCUUUUUGACAAUAUACUGGAGAAACUUUGAAAAACAAGUUCAAGCUGAUACAUAUAGACAUAUUUUUUGAUAAUGUAAAUAUAAUGGCCACAUGUUAGUCCACCCUGCACUGAUUUAAGUAAAUAUACUUUGAAAAAAUGUUUGUUAGCUAAGGGAGAUGGCUUUUUUUUUUUUCCCUGAACAGGAAUGUAAAUGUCUAUUUUACUAGAAAUGACAGGUUUUUGUUUGAUUUUUCUUUAAUGAAAAUUGUAAUAUAAGACAGGCUGAUGACAAAGUAUUUUUCUUGCAGACCGGGCAUUUUUAUUUUUAAAUAUGGUCCUUGCCCCCUCCCCAGCAAAGCCCGAGCCUGUUACAGUAGGGUUGGAGUCAAUAUGUAUUGGCUGAAAAUGACACUCUACUCAUAGGGAGAGGGUUUUAGAGACCAAGUCCAAUCUUUUUUUAUUUUUACAGAAAAAGAACAUGAAACCCCAGAAAGAUAAAAUGACCAAAAUCACAUGGUUAGUGACAGAAACGUGAUUAAAACCUGGGUUGGAAGACUGUCCAGUGCUGUGUGCCUUAGAAGGAAUCAAUAAAGUAAGGACUGCUAAUUAAGGACAGGCACCAGAAAACACAAAGGACAGGAUUCCCUUCUCAGAUCUUAUCCUGCAGCCAGGCUAGGGAAGGCAUGAAGACAAAACCAGGAACCUUACUGCUCUAAUACACUUGCUCUCAUUUGUUUAGGUCUAAGACUUAAACAAACAGUUCUUUUCUGCCAAGAAAGUUUUGAAUGAGCUUUUACAUAUGGCUCUUCUACUAGCAGGACUAAGGAUCAAAGGGAACAAGAUAGGGGAAGGCAGAGGGGGCAAGAGGAAAGCAGUGGCAUCUUUCAUCACUGUGCCUGCUGAUUCACUCAGGUUUGGUGAGAGCCCAGCACUGAGUGAGGAGGAGCUUACUCUUUGAUGUGGGUCUUUUUGUUAUUAGUGAAUGUUAAACAGUUUGCCCAGGAAACUGGGGGAGUAUGUGUCUUAGUGGACAGGGGUCUGAAGUACACUGGAAUUUACUGAGAAACUUGCUUGUAAAGACUAUACUUAAUUAUUGCCAUUUUCUUACAAAAAUAUAUUUUGGAAAAUUGUAUACUGUCAAUUAAAGUGCUUUUGUGUAAGCUG